AUGGCGCAAGGCUGCCAGCACUGUACAACCGAUACCUGUCAUCGUUACUUUACCGUCUUCGGUGAUGGCGUCGUUAAGGUUCGCACCGGCACGCAGCACCAUGCUAUGCCCUGCAUACGGCUAAAGGACCACUUGGGUUCGGGCAACAAGCAGCCCAUGGGUAGAUUCCAAGAUAUUCCGAUUUAG